CUACUUCUUCACUAUAAUUUUGCUACUGCUAUGAAUCAUGAUGUAAACAUCUGAUAGGGAGAAUAUUUGCUAUUCGAUUCCUGUGAAAAGAGAGCUCGACCCCAAGGAGUCUUGGCCGCAGAUUGAGAAGCACUCUGCUAGAGGCCCUUGUUCAGCUGGACUUUGCUGAAUUGCAAAUUAGCAAAAGAUUAGCAGACUUUUUCUAAAGAAUGCCAAAGUACUACUUAAUACCCUUUAAAAACAUUUGAAUCUGUGAUCCUUUUUGACUAAUUAUGUACUGGGAAGCAGCAGUUAUUGCUAGUUCGCUGACUCUCAGCCUAGAUCUUUCCUCAGACUGAAAAACAAACAAGCAAACAAACUUAAAUCUGACCUUGCUUUAUUUCCACACACACCCCUGCCGUGGGGGUGUCUCCCUAUGUAGUUCAGGAUGGCCUGGAAUUCACCUGUGCACACCAGGAUGGCCUCAAAGCUGAGACAAUUCUCCUGCCUCAGUCUCCAGAAUGUUAGGGUUAGAAGUGUGAGUGAGCCACCUACUCCAGGCCAACAAGCAUUUGUGAUGAGCUGACCCCAUGCCAGGUGCCAUUCUCAGUACUAAGAUUGCAACCUUGAUCAAGCCUGCUCUGGAACUGAGAGAAAGUGGGGAAAGCCCCACGGGUCCCAUUCUCUAUACUACUUCUUCAUGGGUGCCUCUGAGCCAGACCUUGGGCUGCCCUUGUUUGAGGCUCUGGGCUAUGUGGAUGAUCAACUCUUCGUGUCCUACAAUCACGAGAGUCGCCGUGCGGAGCCCCGGGCCCCGUGGGUCUUGGAUCAAACCUCAAGCCAGCUGUGGCUGCAGCUGAGUCAGAGCCUGAAAGGCUGGGAAUAUAUGUUCAUUGUGGACUUCUGGACUAUCAUAGACAACUAUAACCACAGUAAAGUCACUAAGGUGGGAGUGGUGUCCGAGUCCCACAUCCUGCAGGUGAUCCUGGGCUGUGAGGUGCAUGAAGACAACACUGCCAGCAGCUUCUGGAAGUAUGGGUACGAUGGGCAAGACCACCUCGAAUUCUGCCCCAAGACGCUGGAGUGGAGAGCGGCAGAGCCAGGGGCCUGGGCCACCAAGGUGGAGUGGACAGAGCACAAUCUCGGGGCCAGGAAGAACAAGGACUACCUGGAGAGGGACUGUCCUGAGCUCCUGAAACAGUUCCUGGAGUUGGGGACAGGGUUUCUGGGGCAGCAAGUGCCUCCUUUGGUGAAGGUGACUCGUCACUGGACCUCUGCCGGGGCCUUUCUAAGGUGCCGGGCUCUGAACUUCUCCCCCCAGAAUAUCACUAUGAGGUGGCUGAAGGACGGCCAGCCUCUGGAUGCCAUGGCCAUCAACCCCGAGGAUGUGCUGCCUAAUGGGGAUGGCACCUAUCAAAGCCAGGUGACCGUGGCUGUGGCCCCUGGGGACGAGACAAGGUUCACCUGUCAAGUGGACCAUCCAGGCUUCGACCGGCCCCUCACUGUCGCCUGGGAGCCCUUGCCGUCUCCGGCCAUGGUUAUUGGAGUCAUCAGUGGAGUCGCCAUUUUUGUCCUCUUCCUGGUUGGGGCUUUGUUUCUGAUCUUAAGGAAAAGGAAGGCUUCGGCUGAAGAAACCAUGGGUGACUAUGUCUUAGCGGAGUGUGAAUGACCUGCAGCCUGCAGUCCCAUGAAGCGAGGAGACUCAGCCGAAAACCUGGAGGAAGCACACUUGCUCCGUUCUAGAACACAGUUGGACCUAAUACACAGAAACGGCCUGAGGUACUCUGCUCGUAGCUUUCCCUGUUCACUUUCUGAAGAUGAUUCCCCCAGUCAAGUCUUUGAGUUCCCGAACAACGCUCCAGAUGCACCCUCUGUCUCCAGAAGUGGUCUCAUGAAUCUCCAGCAGCUUUCUCCAUCCAUCUGGAUUCCAUGUGUGUACUUCUUAAAAGGGCUCUCUAAAUCUGAGGAUACACAGUUCCUUUUCACGUCUGAAGAAGCUCUGAAUCUUCAUCCUGGAAUGCACACUCAUACUUGUGCCAGAAUUUUGCGCGUGUGUCCUGGAAUCAAGAUCAACUGUCUGUUGAGCGUGUCCACCUGUUACCUAGUGAUUCCUCUGUCACCAAGCCCUGACUUCUCUGACGCCAGAGUCUUCUGUGGGUCCUCAAUACAGCUGUGAAGGCUACACACUGUACAACCCAAGGAGGCUCCCUCUGAGAAAAUACAGAUGUCUGUGUGCAUAA